UCUGUCUGCCAGGUUGUGAAGGGAAUGUGAAAGUUGAACAAGUGGGAAUUUGAAAUCAACCACAAAUGGAGAAUCAGUUGUAGGACAAGAAGAAGUUGAAUACGUUUACGGCGGUCUGAAAGGCUAAAGAGAGAAGAAACAGACAUUUGGAAGGUGGAAGAUGAGAGAAGAGGUUUCCUGCACUAAUUCCCCUGAAGGAGGGCUGGGGGCCAGUGAAGAGGAACUGGAAAGGGGCUCCAAGAAGAAUCACCAGUCAGGUCACCGAAAACGAUCCCCUCAUCCCAAGAAAGACAGUCUGGCUCAGACCGAGGAUAGCGCCGCUGGCAGUCCCACCGGCCUCCUGCCGUCUGGACCCAAGAGGGUGAAGAAGAGUCCCUCAGCUGUGGUGAGCCUGGCCCCCGUAUCAAUGGGCCCGCGCACCGACCAGCCCUUUGAGGAUCUCCACUCCCAGCGGGUGAUCGCCAACGUGCGGGAGCGCCAGCGCACCCAGUCCCUCAACGACGCUUUCGCCUCGCUGCGCAAGAUCAUUCCGACGCUCCCUUCGGACAAGCUGAGCAAGAUCCAGAUCCUCAAACUGGCGUCGCGCUACAUCGACUUCCUGUAUCAAGUGCUGCAGAGCGACGAGAUGGACGCUAAACUGGCCAGCUGCAAUUACCUGGCCCACGAAAGGCUGAGCUAUGCCUUCUCCGUGUGGAGGAUGGAGGGGGCCUGGGCCAUGUCCGCCAGCCACUAGGACCGCCUUGCUCCCGUUUUUAGCUGUUGCCUCACUCUCUCACUCUCUCUAGCGCGCUCUUCCUUUUGAAAAUUUAUUAUUUAAAUCUUCCUGUCUGACCUUAUACCCUCCAUCAAUCUUAACCCCGUUCACCAUUUUGGCCAUUGUUGCUUCCACUGCUCUAUUCACAUCUGUGCUGCAGUUUAGUCCAGUGUAGGAAGACGCUGCACUGCUAACUUCCAGAAAGCCAACAAGUGGAAAAUUCCCAAUUGACAGCAGUGAAAUGUUGAAACUUCAACGUCAUCCUUUUUUUUUGGGGGGGGGGGUAAUUUUUCCCCCCUCCUUUGGACACGUGCUUGACUUGUGACGCUGAGACGUACUCCCCCAACUUGACUCUUUAACAGCAAACUGAGGAGCACUGGACACUUACAAACGAUGCUUUUGUCGACAAACAGCUGGCCCGCAGUGACAAUGAGACAAGAUGGACGCCCGUGGGUGCAGCUGAUGAAUGUUUACAGCUAAAAUGCUAAUAAGCUAAUCACUCUGGCACGCAAAUCUUCUUGCUCGUGGGAAGCGGGAGAGCGCGAGGAGUCAAAUCUGAUGUGGUUGCGCCCUAAUUGGAUCACUUUCCGAGCAUCUGAUUCUCCUUUGUAAAUAAAAUGAACUACUUCCAACUUUCACGCAUGCAGAAGCACUGCUUCUUCUUCUGUAGAUUUUGCGCUGUUAUAAUUCGAUGCAAGAACAUAUGAUUGAUGUAUUUUUGGCAUUUCUUGAGGCAAAUGCUUUGUAAAAUGUGCGUUGAUCAGGAAUCACUGCCACAUUGUUCACUUCACUUUGUAGAGUUUAGCAUUUGCUUGUGAUCAUCUUUGUUGUCAGAUCCUGUGGCUAAUUAAAAAAAAUCUUUUGUAGUAACUUGUUCAUCUAUUGGUGUAUAAAGUCUUUCUGGAAAAAAAAGGAAUAUUUUUUACAUUUGUCCUUUAAACUCAUUAUUGUUUUGAAAAUGAGAUGAAUUGGAGUGUAUGCAAUAUUAUAUUGUAAAUAUAAUCAGAUGAGUCUGCAGGGAAUCAAGGGGAUGUGGCGCAAAAAUUUAUUAUUUCUGAAAUUAAAUAAAUGCUCAUGUAAUAUUAGUUUCAGAUGAACAGCAGUAGGUAGUGGUUCACACGUCAGCCUCACAGAGAGGUUGCGGGUUUGAAUCUUGAAUCUAAGGUGUGUUUGCAUUUCCUCUGUGUGCUUGAGUGUGUUUUCUUCAGGUGUUCACAUCCAAAAACUUGCACCUUGAAAACUAAAUCCUUGAUGUAUAUGGAUAUAGCUUUCCGUGGUUCUUCGUCGAUAGGUGCCAUGUGAUUGGCUGAAGAGCAGUCCUGGGUGUAGAAAGACUGUCGCCCAAAGUCAGCCGGGGGGUGGAUUCCGGCACACCACCAAUCCUCGGACAAGCGCUUUAGAAAAUUAAUGGAUAGAUUAUUUUUAAAUCAUAAAGGUCUUCAGGGAAAAUGGGGGAAUUGAAUUUUUUUUGGUGAUGACCGCAUACGAUAUACAUUUGAGUAUAUAUAAGAAGGUGAAGUGCUGAGAUACAUACAAUUAAUGUUAAUUUAUUAUUGAUAAAUUAUUAUUGACUGAUAAAUUAUUAUUUUUAAAAAUACAUUUGUAUUUUUGUGAUUUUUGCACAACUAUUUCAAUAUACUGUGUAAUCUUUCAGUUAAAUGAGGGGAAAGUAGU